UAACGCAUUGUACGCUCAUUCAAUCCACGAACGUGUGACAUUAUUCUUAUGGGUGCCUCAGAUUUAUUCACUCUAAUUUUAUUUGUGGAUCUGUAUGGUUAUCCAUACUAAGUUCCUAAACGUGAAUAUCACAAUGAAAAAGUCGCUGAUACUUUACAUACUUUAUGUUCUUAUUCUUGUUGAAACAAAGCCCUCUUGUAACGACAAUGAUUUACAUGCUCUGAUACUCGCUCGUGGAGGAAGCAAGGGAAUUAAGGACAAGAAUAUGGUUGAAAUUGAUGGAUUAUCUCUAUUAUCGCGUACUAUACUGACUAUCAGAAAUUCUAGUUGCUUUCAACACAUUUGGGUUUCUACGGAUGACAAGAAAAUUGCAAUGGAAGCUGAAAAAUAUGGUGCUCGAGUACAUAUUCGACCUCCGCAUUAUGCAAGAGAUGAGUCGUCAUCCAUUGAAGCUGUUAUGGAGUUCCUGGAAGUUCAUAGCAAAGUUCAAAAUUUUUCAUUGUUUCAAUGCACUUCGGUUUUCCUAAGAGAAAACUAUAUUCAAGAAGCGGUCGAAAAAUUUCAGACACAUGAUUGCGUUUUUGCUGUAAAAAGAAUUCAUUACUUACGUUGGAAAAUGGUUGAUGAUAAAAUCCUGCCUGUAGGCUUUAAUGCGGAAGCGCGUCCUAGAAGGCAAGAUUGGUCAGGAGAUUUGGUUGAAGCGGGAAUGUUUUAUUUUUCAAAAAGAAAACUCGCAAUGAAAGGAAUUUUUCAAAAUGAAAAGUGUUCUGUUGUUGAAAUUGCACCGGAGGAUGGUCUAGAAAUUGAUUCCUAUCGAGAUCUCACGGUAGCUCGCAGUAUUAUAAAGGAUGAGUUAUAGAAUACAUGGAUCAAAUGUAUUAAUUAACUUAACACCAAGAACACAAAAAAAUCUUGAUUUUAUUCAAAUUUGUAGUACUUGAAACAUAAAAUUUUCUUUGUUGUUUGAUUUUUUAUUUAAAAAACCAAAAAAAUUAUGUUUUGCAGUCCCUGGCGUUUAGAUUGUUAAAUAUUCAAAUAUCGGUGAUCAACCCUGAUAUUGUUUAUAAAAAGGCUAUACUAUUAGAAAUCGUUUGGUAUUGUUUAUGAUGCCUUUGCAACAAAUGUUGCAUUCGUUUGAUUUACAAUGGAUUCCAAAGUAUUAUCGUCAUUCUUUUUUUUUAGUGUGAUCAUGCUGGUUGUGAUUCAUGCUGAGCCAUUUCGACAAAUGCGAGUGGAUUUGGAAAAUGGAAUGUCAAAUGAUUUUCAUGGGGAUAUCGCACCUUUUAAAAAAAUCCUUGAG